UAAUUUUUAAGAAAAUAUUUCCAUAACAAAAAUGUGCAACACAAAUUAUGUUAUUAUUCUUUAUUAGUAAAUAAAGUUUAACACGAUGAUAGCAAGACAAACAUUUUCUAAAGUUUUUAAAAAUCACCAAGUUUAAAAUAUUCAUAAUUCGAAAAAGUAGAUAGUAUGCAAAUUUGAUCUUAGUCAGAAUUGUCAUCAUCCAAUCAAUAACAUGCAUCACCCAGGCAGUGGUAUGCAUCAUCCUGGCAGUGGUAUGCAUCAUUCAAGCAGUAACAUGCAUCAUCAAAUCAGUAACGGGCACGAUCUUUGCUUUGAAGCAAUUGAAGAUUCCAGUUCUGUAGUGAGUUCAACUCAAGAUAUAGAACGAAACAGAUAUAUUACAAACGGUGAUGUAUCCCGACUGUAUUGUGAAGAGUCCCACAGAGGACCCAGACAGGAACAUUUUGGAAGCUUGAUUGGCAUGCUGAGCGAUCUUCAGGACGCAAACUGCUCUGAUAUUGAUCAAAUACUGGCUGAAGGAAACUUCAAUUCGGAGAUAAAGACUGAAUCCUGUCUAGAUAAUAUUAUCCCACAUCAGAAUGAUCUAGGGUAUCAUCUCCCGCAUCAAGACCUGUAUCCUUCCUCGUAUCUCAGACAGAAUUGCAACAGUGCUGAAUUAGGAUACAGGUACAGUGUGUGUCGUGAGGAAGGAUCAAACAAUUCAUCUUUACAAUAUCCUACACAGCUACCAUUGAAGGUUACUGGAUACAUCCCCUUGUCCCCUGAGGACCCUAAAGGCGGUCCCUAUAGUCCCCUAUCCCCAGGGUCCCCCUCGCAGAAACAUGAUCGGUCCAAAGAUGAUAAGUAUUGGGAGAGGAGAAGAAAAAACAAUUUGGCUGCGAAGAAAUCCCGCGAUGCUCGCCGAGUUCGUGAAAACCAACUUCGUCUACGAGUUCUAUGUUCUGAGAAUCAGAUACGUGUUUUGAGGAGUCAAUUAGACCGAUCACAGGAGGAAAAUCAUUCUCUAAAAGAAAGACUGAAAAAGUAUGAGGGAGAUGUGCAUAUCCAGCGUAUAGAUAAUUACAACAUGGCCCCACAGCCACAAAAUGGAGAACCUGUAUACAACAGUACGUGUCAAGCUGAAUAUAAUAUGACGGGGCAUUCUAGCGGAAGAAAUGCGCAAAAAAUGAUGGAAGACGAUUUGAAUGGAAUGCCUGACACUUGAUUUUGGCGAAUUUUCGUCCGUGCUCUAACAAACGUGCUUUCAUUUUUCUCAUUUUCAUUUCUUUCUCAUUCAUAAUUUGCACUUAAUUUACUUCAGUUAAUUUUGUCUUGUGCACCUACGUGUAAUACAUAUUCUAUAUUUAUAUAUCAGAUUAUAUUUUGUUUAAUACUCAAAUAUAUAUAUAUAUAUAUA